AUUGUACCAGUGUGCUCGUCACCGACGUUCAGUGACUCAGUGCUGCUUUCGUUUUUUUACACUCGCAGCACUCCUUGGCACCGCCAUCGCCAACACUUUCUAAGCAAAAAUGUCGAAAUUGGAGCAGGUUCUUAUUCUCGAUCCGCCAAACGACCUCAGAUUUAAAGGCCCCUUCACAGACGUCGUCACCACAAACCUGAAGCUGAAGAACCCCUCAGACAGACCAGUAUGUUUCAAAGUGAAGACGACAGCCCCGCGCCGGUAUUGCGUACGGCCCAACAGCGGCCUCAUUGAGGCCGGGGCCACCGUCACCAUAUCGGUAAUGCUGCAGCCAUUCGACUACGAUCCCAAUGAGAAAAGUAAACACAAAUUCAUGGUACAGACCAUCUUCGCCCCGCCUAAUGCUUCAGACAUGGAAGCAGUGUGGAAAGACGCGAAACCCGAUGACCUCAUGGACUCCAAGCUGCGCUGCGUCUUUGAGCUGCCGGCAGAAAACGACAAAGUGGUGAGCGUGUCAGAGAGACCCCAUCCCCAGGGGCAUUACAUUACAUUACAUUAUUGCCAUUUUGCAGAUAUAAAAUGUGUUGUGUUUGGACCGAGUGCAUUCUCUGCCCUUGUUUUCAUGACGGCCUCUCCCCGAUGCCCACAGAAUGACGCGGAGCCCAGCAAGGCGGCCCCCAUGCUGAACUCGUCCAAAGGGGACGGGCCGGCGGCGCCCAAGCCCAGCAGCCUGUCCCUGGACGACACAGAGAUGCGCAAGCUCAUGGAGGAGUGCAAGAGGCUGCAGACCGAAGUCAGCAAGCUGGCGGACGAGAACCGGCAACUCAAGGAUGACGGCCUGAGGAUGAGGAUGAAGGCCUCCCGGCCGGACAGCACGGAGUCGAACACGGGAGUCCUGGCUGCCAGGGAGCACGGGGCCAGCUCCCUCCCCUCCCUGCUCGUCGUAAUCGCCGCCAUCUUCAUCGGAUUCUUCCUGGGGAAGUUCAUCUUGUAGGCAGAGAAGCAUGCCAACUUGGUUCCUGU